AUGGCAGCUGGUGUCGUGGUGAACGUCCACAACAACGACGAUGACAUCCCGACUGAGGGCUCGCGCUCCUACGCCAUUAUCGUGUGCGUAUUCGCCGCUCUUGGUGGUCUCUUCUUCGGCUAUGACCAGGGGGUUACCUCGGGCGUACUCAUCAUGGACUCGUUCCUCAACGACUACUGCGUCGGCUGGCACAACUUUACGUACGAGCAGUGCACGUCCUCGUCGUCCAACUUGCCUACCGAAUGGAUCGGAUUCACAGUCUGGUACAAUAUGGCGUACAACUUGGGCUGCCUUGGUGGUGCCUUUGUAGGUGGCUACGUGGCAGACAAGCUGGGACGUCGCUGGACCAUCUUCACGGCCGGUCUGCUCUUCUGUAUUGGCACGUCUUGGGUGUCCUUUAACAAAGCGCAGGCACAUGAGCUUAUGUACAUCGCUCGCGUGAUUCAGGGCUUUGGUGUGGGCAACUCGUCGUUCUCGCUACCGCUCUUCGGCGCUGAAAUGGCCCCCAAAGAGCUUCGCGGCUUGCUCUCGGGCUUCAUGCAAAUGACCGUCGUGACGGGCCUCUUCAUGGCCAACGUUGUCAACAUUAUCGUGGAGCACCGUGACCACGGUUGGCGUACGUCCAACGGUGUGGCAAUGGCCGCUCCUCUUAUUGUUAUGCUCGGCAUCUUCUUCGUACCGGAGAGUCCUCGCUGGACGUACCUGCACAAAGGCAAGGAGGAGGCGGAGAAGGUCCUCAAGCGCCUUCGCCAGACUGAAAACGUCGGUCGUGAGCUGAAGGUGAUCGGCGACCAGGUCGCAGAGGAGUUGGCGGCCGACAAAGGACUCAUGGAACUGCUUGAGCCGUCCAUCCGUAAGCGUGUUAUCAUCGCUAUGCUACUCCAGGUGCUGCAGCAGGCAACAGGCAUCAACCCCAUCAUGAGCUACGGCGCUCUUAUCUUCCAGGACAUCACGAAAGCUGGUAUCUAUUCGGCCUUCUUUCUUUCUGGUGUCAACUUCCUUAGUACCAUUCCUGCCAUGCGUUGGGUGGAUACGUUUGGCCGUCGUCAGUUGCUUCUGAUUGGUGCCGUCGGUAUGGUAAUAGGCCACUUAUUCGCUGCCAUCUUGUUCACUGUCAUUUGCGACGGCAAUGUGGAGAACGCCGGAUGCCCGAGCGUGGGUGGCUGGUUCAUUUGUGUCGGUACGGCCUUCUUCGUGUUCAACUUUGCCAUCUCCUGGGGCCCCGUGUGCUGGAUCUACCCCGCUGAAAUCUUCUCGUUGGGUGUGCGUGCUCCGGCCGUGGCUCUCUCCACGGCUGCCAACUGGGCCAUGGGCGCCGUCAUGACGGAAGUGGUCAAGCUGUUUCCGCACCUGAACAUUAACGGAGUCUUCUUCCUAUUCUCCGGUCUGUGUUGCAUCUGUGGCGUGUUCGUGUACUUGUUCUGCCCAGAGACGAAAGGCAUGAUGCUGGAGGACAUCGAGCUGUUGUUCAACAGCAAGAAGCCGAAGUCACCUGGUUUCGCGGAAAUUAAGUCGCCGCAGCCGGUGCUAGAGUAA